CACGGCGCCCUCGACGUCGGCUUCCACGAAGUAACUGCGCUUGCGCCUGUUCUUACGUACGACGCACACUCGCCGGGUGUACGCAAACCACUCGUGUGCGACCGACUAGUGGUCCACGCAUGCGCAGCUGGACCUCGUAUCCAGACUAUGCCUUUCUGAGUCUGUUGUUAUGAAUACAUCUCGGCCAUAUCUUCAGAACACGGAAAGCUGGUAGAUCAAAAUGUCCUAUAAAGUAACCAGUGCUAAGUGAAGACGGAUAAUUACUCCUUGUAUUUAAUUUUCAUGGACACUUUUAGCAAUAUGAAUGCUUGAGAUCAAUUCCAUGUUAAAUUAAAAAAAUAAGAAGGCAAGUUUAAGAUGAAGCUCCAGCGCGUACAGCUGAAGUGUAAGGAUCUACAUGAAUUUCUCCAAGAGCUGAGCCCAGGAGUACUUGAUCGAUUGUACAAUCAUCCUGCAACAUGUUUGGCUGUUUUUAGGGAGCUCCCAGGCCUUGCUAAGAAUUAUGUAAUGCGUAUGUUAUUUCUGGAACAGCCCUUACCACAAGCUGCUGUCGCAUUGUGGGUGAAAAAGGAAAAUUUUAAGGAACAUGAGGAAAAUACACAAGUUCUAUCUGGGCUGAGAUUAUGGCAUACACAGCAACUACCUGGUGGACUGCAAGGAUUAAUCUUAAAUCCAAUUUUCAGAGAAAAUCUUAAAAUUGCUCUUUUGGGUGGAGGCAAAGCUUGGGCUGAUGACGGAAGCCUGCUGGGACCAGAUAAACAUGGGAAGGGUGUACUUUCUUUGGAUAAAUAUGCAGAGGAGAGAUGGGAGGUAAUUUUACAUUUUAUGGUUGGAUCACCAAGUGCUGCUGUUAGCCAAGACUUGGCUCAACUUCUUAUACAAGCUGGUCUCAUGAAAAGUGAAUCUGGAGAAGCACCUUGCAUUUCAUCAGCUGGAUUUCAGUUUUUACUUUUAGAUACUGCAUCCCAGCUAUGGUACUUCAUGCUUCAGUACCUGAAAACAGCAGAGAGUCGUGGGAUGAAUUUGGUGGAAAUACUCUCCUUCAUGUUCCAGCUAAGCUUUUCAACAUUGGGAAAGGAUUAUUCUGUUGAAGGCAUGAGUGAUUCCUUACUGACUUUUCUACAGCACCUUCGGGAAUUCGGGCUGGUUUUUCAGAGAAAGAGAAAAUCUCGGCGUUACUACCCCACACGUCUGGCUAUAAACCUUGCAUCUGGGGUAUCUGGUACCUCGGUGGAUAGCCAUAAACAAGGCUUUAUUGUUGUGGAAACAAAUUACAGGAUAUAUGCGUAUACAGAUUCAGAACUGCAGAUCGCCCUAAUUGCUCUCUUCUCAGAGAUGCUUUAUCGUUUUCCAAACCUCGUGGUAGCACAGGUGACUCGUGAGAGUGUUCAACAAGCUAUCGGAAAUGGCAUCACUGCUGAGCAGGUAAUCCAUUUUUUGAGGACGCGAGCUCAUUCUGUGAUGUUAAGUCAGACUCCAGUACUUCCCCCAACAAUCACGGACCAGAUUCGUCUUUGGGAACUUGAGAGAGAUCGUCUUCGUUUCUCUGAAGGUGUCCUGUACAAUCAGUUCCUAUCCCAGGUGGACUUUGAGCUUCUGAGAAACUACGCUCGGGACCUUGGUGUACUAGUCUUUGAAAAUCCUGCCAGACGUGUAAUGGUUGUAACACCAGCUGGUCACUCAGAUGUCAAACGCUUCUGGAAGCGUCAGAAGCAGAGCUCUUGAUCUGUUUAUUCCUUAUUCCUCUAAUUACAUAUUUGUACAGUAUAGUUUCUGAUUUUGCGUUUGGGCCUUUCCUUAACACAAAAACACCCAUUCUGAUUAGGUAAAACCAUAACUGAACAGAACAAUAUCUUUUCUUUACCAGUAGCUGUAAGCUAGUCCAAUAUCAAUAUUUUAUUAUUUCAUACACUUCCCUAGUGGAUUUUUAACAUAUUUCUGUUACCAGUCUUGUAUAUAGUCUGCAAAUUUAAGUAUAUUUAAAUGAUAACCUAAUUAACAAUGCAGCAGCAGUCUUGCAAAAGGUUGACAUGCUACUGCAGAUAUGUAAUGCAUUGGUCUUGAGUCCUCACAUUCUACAAAAAGAGUCCUGGACUAACUAGCCCAAAAUGUAUUUUGUAUGAGGUGUCAUGAAUGCUACUUAAGUAGUCCUAUUUUGUAUGUUUUUUUCCUUUUAUUUGCGUAUUGGCAAUAAACACUUGAUUUAUUUUUUCUGAGAAAAAAAAAAAGAAAUUGUAAAUAAAAAAAUUAAACUU